AUGAUCAUGCCUUUGACGGCCGCUUACAUUAUGGCCUGCAUCUCUACUUUGCCUGGCUUGGGACCGGAGGCCAAGGCAACCAAGAGACAGUUGUUGACAAAUGCCUGGGCUCGCUGCAUUUGUAUGGUCCUAUUGGCCUUGUUGCCGUUUCAUUUGGACACCAUUCUGAUCCCCUUCGCCUGUGUCUCCAUGGGUGAUGGGAUUUUUGUUCUGGCCGACGUGGCAUCGGUCACAUGUUCUUCUGAUGAUGAGACCUUUGUGGCAAUGUUCGGUGCAGGCUCACUAGCAAUGCUGGUAUUCUCUACAGGUUUCAGUUGCCUGAUCUAUUGCAUCUGGCGCAGUUACCAGUGGCAGCAGGGCACAAGAGAUCGAAGCAGCAUCCCGUUCUACGUGGCCAUGGUGGAGGUGUCCACUUUUGGACAACGUGGCUACACUGCAGAGGUUCGCACUCGCGUCAUGGAGAACGUUUGUGCUGUCCGUUCCUUCGAUGUGUCUGCAGCCAUGCUCCACGAACGAGAGGCGAAGAUGCGAGCCCGGGAUGUGUUGAAAGGGCGCGACAAUCGCGAGAAGCGCUAUGCAAAAGAACCAGAGGAGCCGAAGAAGCAGGAGAAAAGUUCAGAGUUGGGCCAGGAUGGGUUGCAACAGAGACUUGCAAUCACAAAAGCCAAGAAAAGAUUCUUGAAGAAAAAUACUUGGCCUGAAAAGGCUGAUGGAAAUCUCAUCACCUAUGGAUGGAUCUUCUUAGUGAACACUUUGCUACGAAACUUGUUGUCUAACGCCGCCAUCAAGCUGACCAGCAAUAACUUGGUGGUCAUUGGUGCUGGCUUACAGAUGUUGAUCUUCGCAUUGAACGUCACCAUGCUCAUUUGUUUGAGUCCAUACAAGUCUCGCUUCGUGGUGAAGACGGAGUCACUUUUGAUGACCAUCCUCUUCAUGAUCCUUUGGUGUGCUGUGAUGAAAGAGCUCCUUGAGAAUCACCAAGACCGGCAUUUGUACGAAGAGAUGAUCGUGCGGGUGAACUUCAUCAUCACGGCUUUCGCCUUCACGUUGAUGUUCUUCGUUCCUUUCGUUCCGAUGUAUUUUCUUUACCAGGUCAUGAAGAAAGCGGGUCAACUGGUCACUGGGCCUGAUGCCGUCUUGAAUGAGAUCUACAUGACGGCACACAACAAGAAGAUGAAGCGCCGAAAGGACGCAGAAAUGGCAGCAUUGAACAAGCUGGCUGAGGGAGAUGUAGAGACUGAUGAAAAGCGCGAGUUGCUGGCAAGCGUUGGAUUCAUUAUGCCGCAGUUGGAUACGACUAUGCGUCGCUUCGAAGAAGCAGGUCUGGGAAAAUACGUGCUGCCAGAGAUCCAAAAGAAGUACAUGUUACGCUUGGGUAAGCUGACUGCAAAGAUCAAUCAGGAAAGAGUGCUGGCGAUCGAGGCAGAGCGCUGCCGGGAGGAUGCAGAGCAAGCAGCUGCUAACUUGGCUGAAGCUUGUCUGAAAAGCAGGGUUCAAAGUUAG